AUGACGGAUCCCGGUAUCAUAUUGUUUGGGAAAAAGAUCGGGUCUUUGGAAACCUUCAAGAUUUCCGAUUCUCCCCCCUUCGCCGUCGCUGAUGGUGGCGAUAAUGGUUUUCCGAUGGACGACAGCCCGAAAACACCAUCUAUCGAUGAAGACGAUUCGCCGGAGAAACACCAAACCACCGGAGGUCUAAAGAAACCCGACAAGAUUCUCCCUUGUCCUCGAUGUGAAAGCAUGAACACGAAGUUUUGUUAUUACAACAACUCGAACGUGAACCAGCCACGCCAUUUUUGCAAGAGUUGUCAGAGGUACUGGACUGCCGGAGGCACGAUGAGGAAUAUGCCGGUCGGAGCAGGUCGCCGGAAGAAAAAGAACACUUCAUCGGAUUGUCGUUUCAUUAUCUCUCACGAAGCUUUUGAUGUCGGACCUCAGAUUGAAUUCGCUGCUGAUAAUUCCGACGGAGUUUACAAUACUUCUCGUCAACCAAAAGUUCUUUCCUUUACUCCAAAUUCGCCGUUGUGUAGAGGGAAAGAAAGCGGAGACGAUUGUUCUAGUGGAACAACCACCGUUGUUUUCUUCCAAUUCCGUUGUUGA